UGCAGGAAUGAAUCUGCCUUCUCGGUGCCACUGUGGGCCCAACGUGUUUGGACGGCCGGAAAGAACUCAGUCAUCGCUUGCGGAUGGCGCAGAAAAGACCUGCAGCACGGCAGGCAGCACCAGCGCCCAAGCGGCAAAAACUGAAGGCCUCCGAAGGGUCCUGGUAUGAAGCAUAUGCCGGGGCCACCGCGGACUAUUACAAAAAAUACAUGGACAAGGAGUGGGGUGUGCCGAUCCAUGGCCCUGGACGAAGUCGGGACAACAAGCUCUUUGAGAUGCUCAGCCUUGAAGGGGCUCAGGCCGGUUUGAGCUGGGACUGCAUCCUCCGGAAGCGCCAGGCCUAUCGCCGAGCCUUUGACCACUUCGACUUGCCCACGGUGGCGGUGGGGUCUCCCCAGGCCUAUUCGCCCAAGAAGGUGAAUUUAUUGAUGAAGAGCCCAGGCUCAGGGAGCGAAGUCAUCGUGAAGAAUCGUGCCAAGAUCGAGAGCGUGCUGAAGAAUGCCAAGUUGUGCUUGGAGGCGGCGGAGGAAUAUGGUUCCUUCACCAAGUUUCUAUGGUCCUUUGUGAAGGGAAAACCCAAGGUGAACCGCUGGAAGACCUCGAAGCAAAUCCCGGUGGUGACCAAAGAAGCCAUCGCCAUGAGCAAAGAGCUCAAACGGAGGAACUUCGGCUUCGUGGGGCCGACGGUUUGUUAUGCCUUGAUGCAAUCCGUGGGAAUGGUGAACGAUCAUCCAGUGAACACGCCUCAGUGGAAGCGCGUGAAUGCCAUUGUUGAACGGCGCUUUGGGUGAGAGAGAGAGAGAGCAGAGAAGUGACGACCGGGACUCUUUCCUGAACUAAGAUGGAAGUGC